ACAGGUCAUUCUCCACCAAAGCUGUUUGACUCUGGAAGCACCGGCGUUCAUCCACCUUGGCGCCCGCUCCAAGGUCAUCACCCCGCUCUGGCCUUUGGAGAGGAGGUGGAAGACCAGGAGCUAGGACCCUCACAGGAGUGAAUUCAGCACAGCUCUCCCAGCUCAGGAUCUGACUCCAUUCAUCUUUCCCAUUACCUUCAGUGUGGACUUCAAUGAGAGCACUCUGGUGGACAAGGAUUCCUCAGACCAACUGCCAGGAAAGCAUCCUUUCACUACUCUGGUUGUGGAGGAAGUGAAUAAUAAAGCAGAGCAGUCAUCAGCUCCUGAGUUUGUUGUGCCUUCUAUGAAUAGAAGAUGGAAAAACCACCUUGUUGGGCGCUCGGCCUCGGUCCCUUCCACAAUGAACGUGAAGGUCAUUCAAAGAUGCUUAUAGGGCUCCUGGCACUGCAACUUCUAAGCUCUGCACAAUCUAUUAAGGAAAUAUCUUCACAGCCAACACCAUUGUGAUGCAGGAACAUGCCAAGCCUCCACAGCCAUACAUACCUGCUAGAUUUGAUCCAGGUGAACUGUUGCAUUGACUUAAUUGACUAAGCAUUUGCAUGAUUGGAAGGCUAUCUGAAUCCAAAGCGGUGUUGUCUUCUUGAGUCUACAAACAACCUGCAGCAAUGGCUUUGUCAGGGCGCUCCGGAAGAAAAAAAAAAUGUCUGGAAUAGAUUCGGUGAGCCAAUUACCCAUGCACCUCUCCUGGAUUUUGACAUAAACCUCAAGAAUAAAGGGGUGGCCCAGUGGUUAGUCCAGGACCUGGGUUUAAAUUCCUGCUCCACCACAGACUUUCUGUGUGACCUUGGGUACGUGAGAGAAGGCCGCUUUCGAAUCGAGGAGAGAACACUGACCGCUUUCCACUGGUUGUACUCCCCCCACCAGCAUCGCAUAGUCAGCCGAGCGGAUCUGGAAACCCCAAGCAGGAUUGACAAGACCAUGCUUGCCAGCCUGAAGAUGAAGAAACAGGAGCAGUUAAACAGCACAGAUGGGGCCAUUCCAGAACGGCCAUUAUCGCCUCCACUCACUGCACCGCCUACUAUGAAGUCUGCAGAGUUCUUUGAAAUGCUGGAAAAAAUGCAGGCACCCAAACUUGAAGAACAGAGAACCGGCAGCCAGAAAAAUAAGGACGACUAUAUCCCAUAUCCCAGCAUUGAUGAGAUACUAGAGAAAGGAAGCCCUUAUCCUUUGAUUAUUCUGCCCCAGUUUGGGGGGUACUGGAUUGAAGACCCAGAGAAUCUCAGCACGCCCACCUCCUCAGAUAGCAGCAUCUGCGAAGAGGAAGAGGAAAACCUCAGCCCGAGCACGUAUGGCUAUAAGCUGGAAUGCAAAGGUGAAGCCAGAGCAUACAGGAAACACUUUCUAGGGAAGGAUCAUUUAAAUUUCUAUUGUACAGCCAGCAGCCUAGGAAAUCUGAUCCUUUCUAUUAAGUGUGAAGAGGCAGAUGGCACUGAAUAUUUAAGGAUUAUUCUCAGGUCCAAAGUGAAAACCUUACAUGAACGUAUCCCCCUGGCAGGACUUAGCAAGCUUCCCAGUAUCCCACAGAUUGCAAAGGCUUUCUGUGAUGAUGCCUCCGGACUGAAAUUUAACCCAGUGCUGUAUCCCAAGGCGUCUCAGAUGAUAGUGUCGUAUGAUGAACAUGAAGUCAAUAAUACGUUUAAGUUUGGUGUGAUCUAUCAAAAAUUCAAGCAGACCUUAGAGGAAGAGUUGUUUGGGAACAAUGAAGAGAGCCCAGCAUUCAAGAACUUCUUGAGUUUGUUAGGCGAUACCAUAACCCUCCAGGACUUUAAAGGUUUCCGAGGAGGUUUGGAUGUAACACAUGGGCAGACGGGUGCCGAAUCCGUGUACACUGUCUUCAGGGACAGAGAGAUAAUGUUUCAUGUCUCUACAAAGCUGCCCUUUACUGAAGGAGAUACACAGCAGCUCCAGAGGAAGAGACACAUUGGGAAUGACAUAGUGGCAAUCAUAUUUCAAGAAGAAAACACUCCAUUUGUCCCAGACAUGAUUGCUUCAAAUUUCCUGCAUGCAUACAUUGUGGUGCAGGUGGAAAACCCUGAAACAGAUAACACGUCCUAUAAGGUGUCUGUCACUGCCCGGGAAGAUGUCCCUUCCUUCAGUCCUCCUUUGCCAAGCCCCCCAGUGUUUCAAAGAAACCCAGAAUUUAGGGAGUUCCUGCUUACCAAACUCAUCAAUGCUGAAAAUGCGUGCUGCAAAUCGGACAAGUUUGCAAAGCUGGAGGACCGGACACGAGCUGCAUUGCUGGACAACCUCCAUGAUGAGCUGCAUGCUCACACGCAAGCAAUGCUUGGACUGGGGCCUGAAGAGGAUAAAUUUGAGAAUGGAGGCCAUGGAGGUUUCUUGGAGUCAUUCAAGAGAGCGAUUCGUGUCCGCAGCCAUUCGAUGGAAACCAUGGUGGGCAGCCAGAAGAAGCAUCACAGUGGAGGGAUCCCAGGGAGCCUGAGCGGGGGAAUCACACACAACAGUGGGGAAAUAACAAAGACCACUUUCUCGCCUCCGGUUGCAGCAGCAACAGCCAAGAACCAGUCCAGGAGUCCUAUUAAGCGACGUUCAGGGUUGUUCCCCCGCCUGCACACGGGAUCUGAAAGUCAGUCAGAGAGCAGGACGCGAUGUGACAGUGUCUCAGGGACACAGAAGACCCCAGAUGGGGGGCAUUCUUCUCAAGAGAUGAAAUCUGAACCCUCAUCUAACCCUAGUUCUCCUGAAAUAUGCCCCAACAAAGAAAGGCCAUUUAUUAAACUGAAAGAAAAUGGAAGAUCCAACAUCUCCCGUUCUUCAUCUAGCACCAGCAGUUUCAGCAGUACAGCAGGGGAGAGCGAAACCAUGGAAGAAUAUGAUAGUGUGGGCAGCCAACCAUCCACAGCAUCACCGUUCAAGCAGGACGUGUUUGUCUACAGCUCUUCUCCCAGCAACGAGAACCCAAGUGUGGCAGCUGCUGCCACCCCUGUGAUCAUGAGCCGGAGUCCCACAGAUAUAAAGAGCAGAAACUCUCCAAGGUCAAAUCUAAAAUUUCGCUUCGAUAAGCUUAGCCAUUCCAGUUCCAGCACGAGUCACUAGCAGGAAUUAGACAUAACGAACUUGUAAAAAAGUGAAUUUGUGUCAGCAAAGGGAAAAAUUCUUCCCUUGAGCAUCAAAUGGGAAAAUACAUUCUCCACACUAAAAGCGACCUGCCGCCACGCAGUGCCAUUCCUUCACCUACUCAGCUUUACCUUGGCGUCAAGAAGAAACCGCCAUCCUGCAGCGAGUGCUGACAGACAACCCAUCCUUUCCGAAGGGUAAACACCUCCACCCCUGUCCAUUUUAGCUAACAAAACACCUUCUUCCUGCACUGCAUAAGGAGAUGCGUUUUCUGCCGCGUACCACGUACGAUCUGCUCACGGUGACUUCACCCGUCCUCGGUACUCUGAAAUAUGUUAACCUCAUGUGCUCCUUGUGCGUGCUGUAGCUGUUUGUCGUCAGAUGAGUGCUGUUCAUCUUGUGUACCUCUGAUUGGAAACAAAAAGACAUUUCAAUUACCAAUCCUGUUUCCUAUAGGCUUUUACAUACUGCGAUUCCGUGCGUAUCACUUUUCAGCUAGCAUAUGACUUUUCCUUGCGCAGGAGGAAAGCAGCACAGCCAUCCUCUGCUCUUCCAGGGUAUCUGCGAGCUUUAUUUUUAGUUUCCUAAUGGAAAACAACUAGUCAGGGCUUUCUGAUUGCGGCGGAGACUGUCAGGAGAUGCUCUCAAAUACAGGCUUUGGGCUCCCAGCUUGGGCUGCUCCUCCAGUUCUCUUUGCCACUGGUCUGCUCCAUGAAGUCAUAAAGUCCUUGAGAGGAUCAAGGCAAAAUUCUCUGCUUCUGGAAAUCUGCAGCUGUCCAUGGGCUUCAGUUCAGAGAAGCUAGAUGGGCUAGUGGGUAGGGCACUGGUGUGGGCAUCAAGCAAUGCCCAGAGAGUGACUUUGGACGAGUCACUUAACUUCUCUGUGCCUUUCCACUCUUUUUUCUGUCUUGUCUACUUAGAUUGUAAAUUCUUUGGAGCAGGCACCAUCUCUUGCUAUAGGUUUUUUAGGGCCUAGCCUCACCGGUGAUCUGAUGGGAUAUCUUGGCAUCUUGUAAGAUCAGUAGUUGAUGGUAAUAGAGCUGCACUGCUUUCUACUAGCAGAGAAUGUGGUCCUCGCUCUUUAGGAGCACAUAUGGCCCGGAGAAUCUCCACUUUAUCCCCAGCAAGUAAAUUCCAAGCUGUCAAGAAGGAGACUUUUGUUGUUUGUUUGUGCAUAAGUUGUUUGGCAGGGCAGCAAAACCCACCCACUCAGAGGAAGUUUGUUGCUUGUGCCUUUGCUGUGUAAUGGCUGAUGUGGUGCGUGGGUGUGCAAAGUCAAAAUAGGGCUGGGAAGAAGGAAAACAAUGAGUGAUGAAUGAGCAAACUGUACUGCUACACCCCCCCCACACGCUGCUCUGCAGAAAAAUGUUUGAAAUGCUCUGGCUUGGGGCACUGGGUGCGUUUGACCCCUCUCCCCCCGAUAUAAAGCAAUUAAGCACAUGGCUCCUUUUCCUCCUCCUCUUUAAGUGGGCCUGAUCUCAUCAUCUCACACCAGGGUUAUAUCAGCCCAGCUCCACUGACUUCAAUGGAACAUGUUCAUGAUUUCCAGAACUGUGGGCAUGUCUAUGUGAGAUGCUUAUUGCGCAUUGGUCUUGUUAGCCGGCAAAAACCGUGUCAAUAGCCUACAGCGUUAUUAGGCUAAUGCACAGUAAGCGUCACUAAAUAACCAUGCACUGGUGCUACUGUGCAGUAACUCUAGGUACUGCGCAUUGAGUUAAUGCUUUAUUAAGUGCUAAGCUAAAAGCGCAGUAUCUAAGGUGCAUUCAUAAACGUGUAGAUGUGCCCUGGGAGGAAAGAAUGAGCGCCACAUAGCUCUACAUCCACUUUGGCAUGUGGAAAGAGAGGCCACAUCUCACUUGUGGCGGCGCAGCAUUGCCCUUAGACAACCCCAACUUCCUCACCUCUCAAGGCCUCAUUGCCCUGCACCUGGAGCAGUGAUUUGCACUGAUGUAGAGGGAGCGUUUAAAUGGCGCCGCCCUGAUUUGGUUGCAUUUUACACCUGCUUUCCAGUGGCCGAAGCAAAGGCACGACCUUGGAUAAUCAGACGGCUGUGGUUUAAUUUGCUGCUUUAGUACUGUGGGAACCUGGUAUUUUACCAGAGAGCAGGUUUUCAUUGAUCAGCUGCUGAACUGCAGUGAGGAGGGAUAUGGCCUGUAUAAUUUAAAAACCUUUUCUCUGCCAAAGACUAAGCACCGCCACCUGGGACAGAUGCUGAAAUGGGAACGGUCGAGUGCAAUAGUAAGCGUGGGUCGCAACAACGCCUGCUUUGGUUUAAGGGGUCAGGUCAAGCCCCGUUGGCCUCAGUGGAGCUGUGCUGAUUCCUUUACACUUUUGGAGAGCCCACCCCUGCCUGUAUUUACUUGUACAUGAAGGACUAGGGUUAACGAUUAGAAGCUGACUUCCCUGGAAGCUGACCGUUGUCCUGCCAUAAAAUGGGGGAACAGGGCCGCAUUUAUGUCCUCUACCCGGUGGAAAGAGGCUGGUAGAUUAUUUUUUUCCAAAAGCACCUUUACCAAUACUGCUAAAUUCAUAUUAAAGCCCUGGCCAAGCUCUUGCCCUUUGUGGUCUCUGCACAGAGACAGGUAUCUUGCAACUGUAACUUCAUUUUCUGGUUUUCUGCUCAAGUGACUGUUUGGUUUAGAUACCGCCAACUCUUAAAUACCUCUGCUAGGUUCUUGUUACUUUUUUUUAUUCUUUAUUCCUUAUGUCCAGCAUGGGGCUGGUCCAAGGCUUGUGGCUUUCCCUCUUAAAAACAAGCUUCUGUUUUUCAUCUCAGAUGCAACAGAAACUUUUGUUUCUUAAGGGAAUCCAGAUAUUUCCCUAAAAAAAUGUUUCGGGGGAAGAGGUUGUUCUCUUGCCACUGAAAAGACAGCAUUUGAAUUUCAGAGCCAAAGUUGAACAGUUGGCACACAGAUGGUCCUAAAUUUGGAGGUUAAAGGGAAAAAAAAAAAAAGGAAAACUUUAAAAUAGGCCCAAGGAUGAAAAUUGUGCGCUCUUCCCGUCACAGUCAUUUGAAACUGUGGGGCAGGGGCGGGCAAUUAUUUUGGGCGGAGGGCUGCUUACCGAGUUUUAGCAAGCCAUCAAGGGCCGCAUGACAGGCAGCCCAGGGCAGGUAAAUAUUAAUUUUCUAAUUUUUUUAGGAGCCCCACGGGCCGGAUAGAAUGGCCUGGCAGGCCACAUCCGGCCCCCGGGCUGCAUUUUGCCCACCCCUGCCGUGGGGCAUUGAGCAGGGAGAGUGCUUCAGGCGCUCUGCCUGUGCGCACCUACUGAGCCACAUAGAAACCUGAACCAGAUCAUCAUGAUGAGAAACAGGAAUGACUCAAACCCUCCCCACCCUUUAAUUUCCCUGGAUUUGAGUAACAUUUAAAUAUUUAAACCAAGCUUUUGGUUUUGAUAAGGGAAAUAAGCACACCCCCCUUUACAUCCAGUUGUGCAGCAGUCUAUAGAUGUCUCAGGUUGCAAACAUAGAAAUGUUUGAGCUUAUAUUGAAAUGUGCUUUGGUAGCAUUUUUGCGUGUUUUUCCUCCCUUUUCCCCAGAAAAGCUUUUUGAUCAACUCCCUUGUGAAAUGGUGAUUAUUAUUAUUUUACUUUGGCUUUGAGGGGGUUUUUUUCCCUGCUGUUUCACUGGGCUGCUGGAUUCAUCAUUAGCGUUAAGUGUUGAUCUCUGUGAGAUCUUGAAGCAUAAGAUGCAGUGUUGAAAAGGAGGUUGUUUUCCUCUCGACUUGGGGAGGUCCAGAAGCUUGGGGCUGAAUGUGACUGAAGGCAAAGGGGAGGGUCCAAAGCUGAGCGAAGGAAAUGCAGGGAGUUUGACUCAUCUUUGCAAGGCCAGUCCUGCACAACUUCAGCUGAGAUGAUCUUUGGACAGUAUUUCCAAAGCUCUCAAGUACUCCUGCUCAUUAAAGAUCCUGUGCAACGUUUGACGAGAGUAGGGAUUUUAAUGCUGCCCCCCUAGCCAAAUCCCAGCCCGCUUUCUGCCUGCUUCUGUUCCCUUGACGUUUCGAAGUGGGUGCAGUAUUCUUCACUUCCAGGCCUAAACUGACUUGUAGCAGUGCAGCGCGCUGUCCAGCGGUUGCUACUUUACACCUCUGAAGCAUUUGCACUUCAAAUAACGAUGAAGAAGUUCCUUGUAUAUAUUGCCAAGUGUUUUGGGUCCUUUUCGGGAUGAGAAAAACUAUCGAAGCCCAUACAGAGGGGGACCCUCACCAGACACUAAAUUCUUGGGCAGUGCAUUUUUCUGGUUUGAGAGACAAAACUUUAAAGCAAAAUGCGAUCUUUUUAUCAUCCUUUUCUUUAGAUGGUCAACGGGAAAUAAAUCGUUGUGGGAUGGACUCCAAUUGUAGAUAUGAGGACAGUGUUCUGGUGUCUUACAUUCUUGCACUGAUCUUGUACUGUAUUCAUAUGGGUACUAUGGAAAUGCAAACACUGUAUAUUUAUUUAAUAACGAGACAUUCAAGGCUAGAUCCUCAGUGGGUAUAAAUCAGUGUAGCUUUACUGACUUCACUGAAGGCCUGACCCUCAGUUUCAAAAUGUUCAUCAAGUAUUUGAGCUCUAUGAAGUAGCAGUUUGCCUUUUGAUUCUGCAGUGGAGCUGCUGCUGAAAUAUCCUGGGGACACAAUCCAGUUAGAGAACAAGAGCUGGGUUUUCAAACCCGCCGUGUUAAAAACCACAGACAUAGGGCUGUUUCUUGAAAAUCCCACCUUGAUCAUACAGUGAGGUCUCACGUUGCAAAUUUGCAUUGCAGACUGGAACAGAGAAUUGUCUCACCUCUCAAGGUACUGUGGUCUUGGAGAGGAUGGGUUUGUAGCUGUGUAUAGACCCUACAACAUGCUUUGGCCCUUGUUCGGGGGAGCACUCCAUCACAUGCUUGCACCUGGCUGGAAUCAGUGCAAGCUAAGCACAACCUUGAAGUGUUUCUCUAAAAGACAAAGGCGCUUAAGCACGUAUUUGCUACUUUCCUGAAUUGGGCGCUGGGUUGUCCCGGGCAGACAAAGGGUCAGAGCAACUAGCUGAGGUAUGGACAUAUUCACAGCAACUGAGGAUGUGGCCUAAAAUAAAAUCUAGCUACCUUUGGGGCUAACUCUGGGAGGUGUUCGGCAUCUCCAACACCUAUUAAAAUCAGUUCCCAGGCCCUCUGUGGUCCAGUCCUUGAAUUCCUGUGGCUUUGCUUAAGUUUGAACUUCUGUUCCAUCUCAAAUGGUAAAGAUUUCUUUCCCCCCGCCCUCCAAGUCUUGAAGCAUGCUUUCAUUAUCUGCCCCCACCCCCAUGAAUGUAGCCCUGUAUAAGUUCUGCAAAGGAAAAAUGCUGAAUUUAUAUUAGAAUGUGAAGAGAGUUUAUAGUGUGAAAAGCAAAUCUUAAAUGACUGUAUCUGACAAAAAAAAAAAGAUAUUUUUUUUGUAGAGAGGCGAUGCUUUGUAGAAUUUCUGGUUGCCUAUGUUUGUUGUAAAUACUGUACAUUUAAUUUAUUGCUAUAGUAGCAUAUUGUAUUUGUUAUGUAUAAAAAUAAUUCUCAAGGUCCACAAAUGUAUAUUUUGUUGCUUAAAUGUGUCUUUGCAAAAUUCACAAUAAAUAACAUAUUUUGUGUCCAUAA